GAACACCAUUAGCAUUGUGUGUGUAUAUAUAUAUAUAUAUAUAUGAAGAUUUCAUUGACAUUUUGGUUUGAUUUGAUUCGGAAAGACUGCCUCCUUAACCAAAUAUGCUUCUGAUUUGAAAUUGUUACAACAUCUUUUUAUUCCUUGUCCACCAACUGUUUGAGAAAAUUUCUAAUUGAUGUAUUUUGAUUUACUUUAUCUUUGUGUUCUGGUGUAAGCCAAACACUGAAAAAUAAAAGGAAAGAAAAUAUUUUACAGCUAAAAUGUUUUCCAUAAACAAAAAUAUUACGAAGAAAUCAUUUUACUUCAUACAGAUUGGAACCUAAGUAUAAGAGCUUAAACAUGACGAGAGGUAUCAUCAUAACUUUUUUUUCUACUCAAUAUCAUGAUACCUUUCCAAUACUCCAAAAUCAGGGAAAAAAAAAAAAGUCGAUUCAGCUUAAGAGACGUUAUACAUUAUAAUGGGGUUCGAAUAAGAUAGACUAGUAAGAAAAGAUGCUUUCAAAUAUUCUGUGAUUGGUUGGAAUUAAAGUUUCUUUGAAAUAUUCUGUGAUUGCUAGAGUUGCAGCUUGCUUUAUAAAAGUAUAUUUAUGAGUAUAAUGCAUUUGAUUGAUUGCUUUAGAAUAUAUAUAUCCCGUGUUGAGAUUUCUUGGAGCCAUGGAAUUCCUUGCCCAAUAAAGUAUAUAUCCUAUGUAGAAAUUUCUUAGAACCGAGGAAUUCCUUGCUUCAUAAAGUACAUGUACUGUGAUUGCUUGGAGAAUACUUCCACUUUAACCAAAAGAUAAAUUGUAUCGUAAAUGGUAACUUAAAUAUAUAUAAGGUUAGAUGUAUAGAUCGAGCUUCUCACGUUCCAUUUCCCACCUAUCUGAGAGAGAGAUCUGGGCUUCUCAGUUUUCAUUUGAAAUGGAUUCUAAGGCAAGUGCAAGCACUUCAUCCCUUCCAGGCGGUGAAUACGAAGUCUUUUUGAGUUUCAGUGUUCCAGAUGCUCGUUACACCUUCACUGAUUUCCUGUACACAAAUCUCGAAGGUGCAGGAGUUCGCACCUUUCUAGACGAUAAUGAGCUUCGCAUGGGUGAAGAGAUCGGCCCAGAGCUCCUGAAGGUGAUCACUCAAUCGAAGAUCUCAAUCCCAAUCUUCUCCAAAACCUACGCUUCCAGUAAAUGGUGCCUUCAUGAGCUUGCCCAAAUGGUGGAGUGCAUGAGAACAACAGGACAACUGAUUCUACCCAUCUUCCAUGAUGUUGAACCUUCCGAGGUUCAGCAUCAAUCUGGGAGUUACGAGGAGGCCUUCCGCGAGCACGAGAGCUGUUUCAAUGAAAGUAUUAUUAAAGAUUGGAAGGAGGCAUUAAGAGAGGUUGGAGCACUCAAGGGUUGGGAAGUCAAGAAAGAAGCUGACGGGGAUCAGGGGAAACUAGUAAAGAUGAUUGUUCAAACAGUGUUGUUGGAGUUAAAGAAAAAUUGUAUGGUUUUAACUGACAACUUGGUUGGAAUCAAUUAUCAUGCACAUCAAAUGAUGAGAUUAUUAAAGGUUGCUUCAAAUGAUACACGGAUUGUUGGUAUCCAUGGCAUGGGAGGUAUUGGCAAGACAACUAUUGCCAAGUGGAUGUACAAGAAGCUCAUCAAGUACUUUGAAUGUUGUAGUUUCCUUGCAGAUAUUCGAGAAACAGCACAACAACACAAAAGUCUUGUUAGUUUGCAAAAACAGCUUCUUGCUAGCAGUACUCCUAAAUCAUGCCAUGAUAUUGUUGAUGUCGAUGGUGGAAUCAACAUUAUUAAACAACGAUUUCUUAAAAAGAAAGUUCUCAUUGUUCUUGAUGAUUUAAGUGAAAAGUAUCAAUUUGAUUGCCUUGUGGGAAAUCAUAAUUGGUUUGGUCCAGGAAGCAGGAUUCUAAUUACAACUAGAGACAAGCAUGCUUUAAAUGCUAUUCAAGUGAAUGAAGAAUAUGAACCCCCAUUUAUGAAUUCUGUGCAAUCACUUCAGCUUUUUAGUAUGCAUGCCUUUAGAAGGAAGUUUCCUCCAAAAGACUAUGACGACAUCUCUAGAAAGGUUGCAUCCACUGCUGCAGGGCUUCCUCUAACUCUUGAGGUUAUCGGUUCGUUUUUGUCUGACAAGACGAAAGUGGUAUGGGAAGAUACAUUGAAGAAAUUGAAAAAAAUACCAGCAGAUCAAGUCCAGAAAAGAUUGAGAAUAAGUUAUGAUGAAUUAAACCAUGAGCAACAACAGAUAUUUCUCGAUAUUGCAUGUCUUUUUAUAGGGAUGGAUAAAACACAUGCAUUUUACAUGUGGGAUGACUGUGGCUUUUAUCCAGAGAUGGGAAUUAAGGUUCUUUGUUUCAUGUCUCUAGUAAAAAUGGGAGAUGAUAAUGUGUUGAGAAUGCAUGAUCAACUUAGAGAUCUCGGAAGGGAAAUCGUCCGUCAAGAAGAUCUCAAGAAUCCUGGAGCACAUAGCAGGUUGUGGGAUCAGGAGGAAGCGCUGGAUGUACUGAAGGGAUGUAAGGGAACAGAAAAGGUCAAUGUCCUGAGUGUUCACUUUAGUAAGGAGAUGGCUCAGUCUGACCUUACAAGUGAGGAAUUUGCUAAACUAUAUAAUCUAAGGUAUCUUCAAGUGAAUCGGGUAAAAAUUUCUGGGGAUUUUAAGCAGCAUCUAUCACAAUUAAGAUGGCUUUGUUGGACCUAUUGCCCUCUUGAAUUUAAAGCAACCAAUUUCCAUACGAAGAAUCUAGUCAUUCUUGACGUAUCAAACAGUUUUGUCACAGAAAAAUGGAAGGGUUGGAGUCAAAUUAAGGAAACAAAUAAGUUAAAAGUUCUAGUGCUGGCUAAUUGUGAUUUAAGCAGAAUUCCGUACUUCUCAAGUUAUGUAAAUUUAGAGAUACUGGAUCUUAAAGGUUGUGGUAAUUUUGUCAAAAUUAACCCAUCCAUUGGUAAUAUGAAGAACUUGAAAGUGCUUAAAAUUUCAAUGACUCUAAUAAAAAAGCUACCUGAUGAAAUUUGGAUGUUAGAGAAGCUGGAAGUUCUAGAUGCCUCAUAUUGUAAUGCCUUGGAGGGUAACAUUCCUAGUUGUGUUGAGCGAUUAUCAUCUUUGAGAGAGUUGAAGUUUGAUUGUACCAAAAUUCAAAGCCUACCAACAAGCAUUUGCAAGCUCUCUUGCCUCCAAACCCUUGACUUGAAAGACUGCGAAGAGCUCCAAGCACUGCCAGACCUUCCCUCCAGUUUAGAAAUUCUGAGAGCCGAUUGCCCCAAGCCUAGAGAGUUGCUUGUUACCCCAAAUCUUGUAAAUCUGAUUAAUCUAAAGGAACUGCGGUUUUCCUGGUGCAUUAGGACCCUACCAAAAGAGAUGGGUGCCUUUUCUCAGCUCGAAAUCCUGACUAUAAAUUAUUGCAAUGAUCUUCAAUGUAUAUUGGGGUUACCCUCGAGUCUGGUUGUAUUAUCAAUUGAAAGUUGUCCGUCAUUGGAAAUAUUGCCAGAUCUGUCAAAUUUGAAAAAUUUGUUGGAAUUGGAGCUUAAGCAUUGUGAUAAGCUGAUGGAGAUUCAAGGGCUUGGGGGACAAGAGUCAUUGAAAAGAUUACACAUAGAGGGCUGUGAUACCUUGAAAGAGAUUCAAGUGCUUGGAAAUCUAAAAUCUUUAGAAAGCUUGCACAUAGAGGACUGUGAUAUGCUGAAAAGGGUUCAAGGACUUGGAAGUCUAAAAUCCCUGAGAAGUUUGUCUAUAAUUUGGUGCGAGAAAAUAGCUACACUUAAUUUGCUUGAACGUUUGGCAUCUCUACCAUCCUUGGAGAUGAAUGAGUAUAAACAUCUUGGAAAUAAAUCAGCUCGGUCGAACUUAAACAAGUUAAAGACAUUAGAUGUUUCGGAUUGUACGAAAUUAAAGAAGAUCCAAGGACUAGAUAGAUUGAAAUCAUUGGAAAAGUUGACCUUAACUGGUUGCAAAUCCAUUGUAAGAUUACCCAAUCUGUCAAACUUGAAAAUGUUGAGAUGCUUACAACUUAACGAAUGCACGAGGUUACGUGAGAUUGAAGGACGCGAGGCUUUGGAAGCCAGGUUGGAGGAACUUGAUGUCAGAGAGUGCACAUCACUGGAACAAGCACCCCAUCUGCUAAACCCAAAUAUUCGAAGACAAAACUCAGGAAAAAUGAUAGAGAUGAAAGAUUCAAAGGCUGCAACUAAUAUGGUACUUGGAGGUGUAUCAAUCCCAUGCCCUCUUGAUUUAUGUUCUGAUAUUAACAUAAUUAUUGAAGUUAUGAUGAAUCGGGUUAUUUUUGCCCAAUAUUCCCUAAUUUAAUUUGAAUGAGGCCAUGGCCUCAAAUAGAGCAGAAUGGAAACAUAGGAUUCUUGUUGCUUGAUCCCAAGUAAUUGGAAAAAAGCUUGGUUGUUGUUUUUAUAUUCUCUAAUUUGAUUUAAUUUAAGUAAUUGAUGUUAAUGCACGAUAUACUAUUUACUUAGUUUAGUUUCUACAUUCAUUUAUGCAGGCACUCUAAGAUAUGUCAGAUGAAAUUUGAGUUGAAGUGUACAGGUUGAGGAUGAAGCUACAACAUAAGAAUUAUGGAAGUAAUGACAGCUUGCAUUAUGGAAGCAGAUGGGCCUAGAAGAUAUAUAUAUAUAUAUAUAUAUAUAUAUACAAAAUCAUGACAAGAAUAAUUUAUGAAGUUUGUAAUAAAUUGUACAAAAAAUACUUGGGUUUGGCAUUUUAAAUAUCAGUUUAUUGGUUCACUCUCCGUACUUUCUCUUCCUCAUGUAAAAUUUUCUGCAACUCACAAAUUUAUUUUGUAUGAAGUAAAUAUAUGAAGUGAUUGUGAAACCAUAUCAACAAAAUAAUUCCCUCAUUGGCGUCAGCAUACUGAUUAGUCAGUAUAAGGCCCAAUGAACAACCUCCC